AUGGUUCGAUUUGCAACCACCUUGCUCGCAGCAGGGCUAUUCGCCUCCCGGGCGAUAGCCAGGACAGUGUGUCCACCCUGGCAGAUUGAUAAUUUCGAACUCGCCGAAGUCCAGCAGAACAACUAUGGCUACAAGGCAAGCGACGAUGGCACCAUGACGAACCUCACAUCCCACAUCGGAUCGAUCUCUUUCGUCCCCCAUAGCGGAUCCACCUUCACCGAGGAGAUACCAUGCACCAACGCCAUCACUCUCGAGUACGAUUACCUCUCGUACACGAUCAAGGGGCCGGCGCGGGCCGGCUCCGUGACGAUCGAGCUCCAGACGAGGCACAACUGCUUCAAGCCGCUGAAACCCAUGAGGAGCACCCAGGUCAUCGACAUGCAUUUCGACGGCGAACUUAUCGAACGUCAGAUCCCCUUCAAGAUCUUCGAAGACCAGGGCGCCAACCUGAGGUCCAUCACUGGCAUCAAGUGGUUGAACUUCCAAGAUGACCAGGGCGAGACUUUCGAAUGGUCGCUUGCCAAUAUCCGGUUCCUCUGCGAUGAUAAUAUUCCACCAACUCAGGGGCGCUAG